AUGUCAACAGGUGCUCUUCCCACUCCACAACAGCAAUUGCCUGCACAGCUGGCUCAACAUCACCAGACACCGCCGCCACUACCACAAACUCCUCAUGUUCAACAAGCUCAACCCGUUUCUACCCAACAGCAACAACCACAGCAACCACAGGUGCCCAUGCAGCAACUCCAAGGUCAUGCGCAGUAUCAGGUUCAACAGUUCUUUCACCAACGUCAACGUAUGAUGAUGUACCAUCAACAACAACAAGCUGCAGCUGCUGCUGCCGCACGAUCAGGUGCAGGUGGUGUUCCUCCUCCUCCUCCUCAACAAGUUCCUGGUGCUCAUCAGUUGCAAGUUGCUCAACAACCACAACCGCCACAUCCAGCCACACAGCAACAACAACAACAGCAGCAUCCAUCCACUGGCGUUGGUAUGGCAGCCGUUCAACAAGAAAUGUCUCCUCAACCAGCAGCUUUACCCAAUGGCCAACCCAAUACAAAACCAGGUGUAUUACCACCACAACCAUCAUCAUCAUUAUCCAUGCAACAUCAACAUCAUCAUCAACAACAACAACAAAAACCUGCAUUUGUUAUGGAACCACAAAGACUCCAAUCAUCAGGACAAGCGGUGCUACGAUUAUUGGAAUUUGCUGAUAUGAUUAGUCCUGGCGAACAGGCAACGACUCCCGGCUUUUGGUAUCAAUUUGUGGAUGAUUUCUUUGCUACCCCCAGUAAGCUCAAGAUGGACCUAUGGAGUACUCAAAAGAAUACACACGAGACUUAUGAAUUGGAUCGGCCUACCAUUGCGAGGUUCUUUUUGCAGCAAUACACUUGUCAAGUAUCGUCCAUUCAGAUGACUUUGGAAAGGUUGAAUGAGUCAUUCAAGGCGGAUGAGAGUGUCAGUGUCGAUUGUCCCCGUGCAAGUUUGAUUCAUCGUUAUCAACAAGGAGAUAUGGUGAUCUCUACAGGAUCGUUGAAUACUCGUUUCCGACGUAUGCAUAAUGGUGUCUUUAAGAUUGAAUGGAUGGAAUUCAAAUGCAGUCAGCAUGAGGAAUACAUGGAGCGUACCAGAAUGGCUGAGAUCCUGGCAAACACACCAAAGUCCAACAAGGCCAAAGCAGCAGCUGCCAAAAACAUGCAAUUGGAAUCACCUGUCAAUGAAUGGGGUGUCCCUGGCAAGAUGUAUGAUUGGCUCAAGAUGGCUGAAAUGAUGGGCCGAAUGGAUGAAGUUAUCUUUCAUGCUAUGGUGACUAAUAUUGGACCUAGAGAGAGUUUGAAUGCUUUGGCCUAUGAAGCGAAUAUGAAGAAUCCAGAAAUGGCAGGAGCCAACAAGAGUAAUGGUGCCACUGCUGGUAGUGGCGUUGGAUCGGGUGGUAAGGUCAAAGUACCCAAAAGAGAAUCAAAACAAGAUCGGCCAAAGUUGACACGUCAAAAAUCAACUCGCACCAAAAAAACAGCUGCAGAAAAGAAAGCUGCCGCCGCUGCCGCCGCUGCUGCUGCCAAUCCCAAUCCCAAUUCAACGAACGAGACUGCCUUUGCUACUACAGCCGCUGCUGCUGCAAAAUCACCUGUGGUCAAAACUCAACACACAGCAGGAUCAGCUACGAAUACGCCAAUGCAAUCUCAUAAUCAGUUACCACUUUCUUAUAACCAAUCAUUACCACUCCAACAAGGCAAUAUCCCAACGAGUCAGCAACAACAGCAACAUCAAAUGAUGCUUCGUCAACAACAACUUUUCCAUCAGCAGCAGCAGGCUAUGCUACAACAACAACAACAGCAGCACAUGGCAACGGCUAAUGUUUCCAUGCCACCACAACCUGCUUUAAUGCAACAACAACAACAGCCCACCGCAUACCCACAAGUCUCACAGGUUCAUCAACCCGGUACCUGA